AUGAUUUAUAAGAGGAAGCUGUGCCCUAUAAAUUUUUGUAGACUCACCAAAACCCCUACCUUCAGCUCUGCAUUUCACGAUUUCAAUUCACGGAGUCUCUGUACAAAUGAACUCAAUAGUUGUGGAGGAAGUUUCAGGUUAUGGAGCUCUAUAACGGGUUUCAAUUUAGUUUCUCCUAGAUUUUCUGUACCAGAAAAACCCAAUUUUGUGAGGAGCUCUGGGUUUUCGAGUGCAAAUUUGGUUGAAAACCCAUUUUCUUUAGGCCCUGGUUUGAUUAGAAAAUACUCUUCUGGGAAGAACAGGGAUGAGUGGACUGAGGAAAUUGAGUAUUUGGAUGAAUCAGGCAGUGUAAUUUACACUGGAAAAGGUAUACGGUCCGUUGAGCCAGGGCUCGAUGAUCAUGUAAUGGUGGGUGAGUUGAAGAAGCCUUUUUUGAAUGCCUCUGCGAUUGCUAAGAUUGUUGAGGUUGUGAAGAGGUGGAAAUGGGGGCCUGAAUUAGAGACCCAAUUGGACAAACUCCAGUUUGUACCAAACAUGACUCACAUUACUCAAGCCUUGAAGGUUAUUAAAGAUGGUGAUGGGGCUUUGACGUUGUUUCGAUGGGCUAAGAGGCAGCCUUGGUAUUUACCAAGUGAUGAGUGUUAUGUGAUAUUGUUUGAUGGCCUAAACCAAAGUAAGGACUUCGAUGGAAUUCAAUCAUUAUUUGAUGAGAUGGUGCAGGAUUCAAGUAAUAAGGGGGUUUUAUCAUCUAGCGCAUAUAACCGUGUCAUUCAGUUUUUGGCUAAAGCUGAUAAAAUGGAGGUGUCGUUUUGUUGCUUUAAGAAGAUUCAAGAUUCAGGUUUCAAAGUUGAUACUCAAACAUAUAAUUCGCUUAUAACCCUGUUUUUGAAUAAGGGUUUACCUUAUAAGGCAUUUGAGAUAUAUGAGAGCAUGCAAGCUGCAAACUGUUCAUUGGAUGGAUCAACCUAUGAGUUAAUGGUACCAAACUUGGCAAAAUCGGGCCGCCUUGAUGCUGCAUUUAAGCUCUUCCAAGAAAUGAAAGAAAGGAAUUUUAAACCCAGCUUUAAUGUCUUUGGAUCGCUUGUUGAUUCAAUGGGAAAAGCUGGGAGAUUGGACAUUCAUAUGUGA